UAUGUAUUAGUUGGGUCGAGUUGGUCGCGCCGUGUUCGUCAUCGCAGCGCAGCGGACCGUGGCGUCACAGUGUAUAGUAGCUAGCCUGGCCCAGCCCGCGCCGCCGCCGCGCGACCAUUCUCAUUCCCCGCCAGUCGCACGACGCACGAACUGUGUACCGCGCUCCACUCUAAAAUGUGUCCCGCGCCCACAGUGUGCUAAUCUCCAAGUGUCAGUGUUUGUGAUAAAUAAGUAUACCUACACAUUAAAAAACUUCGUUUACCCCGACCCGUUGAAGAUCCCAGAGGAUGAUGGCUCCCGAGACAGUAGUUACCGUAGACCACAACAAACCCACGCCGCAGCAAGCCCCGCCGCAGCAACAGGGCAAACCGCUGGACUGGAUCAAAAUUAACACAGAAUAUUUCAAAACGCCACCUGGCCUGCUGAAAAUCAUCGAAUUGAUCCUCGGUAUCCUUUGCAUGUCGCUGGCGUCCGCGUGGCUGUCAGCUUGGUUCGUGUUCGUGGCGGUGACCAGCUUCAUCACCACUGUCAUGUGGAGCAUCGUUUUCCUCCUCAGCGUUAGGGAAGCGCUCAGGAUCCCUAUUAACUGGGUGCUGUCGGAACUCAUUAGCACGUCCAUUGAGACGGUGUUCUACUUCAUCGCGUUCAUCGUGCUGUUCGCGGCCACGGCGGCGUACAAUACGAGUUUGUAUAGCUACGGAGCCAACGUAGCGGCUGCUGUAUUCGGUCUGUUCAACACGGUGGCGUACGCCGGCAGCGCGUACCUGCUGUUCCAGGAGCACCGGAGCUCCGCCAGCGCGGGUGCCGCGUGAGCCUCGCUCCCUGCCUCUAACUACUAGCCGGCAACCACAAAGUGUUUUAGCGGAAGCCGCUCGACCCCAAUUUCAAAGGAAUACCGCAAAUCGAUGUACAGGUUAGCCGUUUGGCACACGCAUACUAGAAGUCGAAACAAAAUUUUUGAUCCGCAGUUCCUAAAAAAAUUACGCUGGGGGAUAUAAGUUUUAUUUUUUUAAUAUUUUUCUUGUGUAUAAUUUUUCAAUAUUACAAUAUUGAGAAAUUAAAAAAAAUCUAAAUGAAAUUAUUUUCAAAAUUGCUUUCUUGGGGUUAGAUAAUAAGAUAUUACGUAUCAUUUGUGGUAUAUUGUACAAAGAAUAAUCGAUAGGGUAUAUCGUACAUGAGGAUAUCACGUACAAUUUGUGGUAUAUUGUACAAAAAAAAAGUCAGCCAUAUCGUGUCUGGAGGAGCCCAAACUUGGUAUGUUUCGAAAAUUCUUUUUGUUUUAAUUUAAAAAAAAUGCCCGAAAUGUAAUGAUGUGAUAUAUUUUUAGAAUCGCCUCAAAAAGCCCUUUCGUAUGAUACCACAUACGAUAGGUUUUGGAAAAAAAAAUUUUUUUUCCAUACGUU